AUGGGAAGGAGGAGGUUGCAGAUACAAAGGUUGGAAUGUGUCAAGGCAAGGCAGGCAAAGUACUCGAAACGGAAAAUCGGAAUUCUCAAAAAGGCAAAAGAACUUGCCAUAUUAUGUGAUAUUGAUCUCGCCCUUCUCAUGUUCUCUCCUACUGGGAAGCCCACCCUCUAUGUUGGCCAAGACAAGGAGGAAGCAGUUAAAAUUAUAAAGAAAAUGUAUCCAAUAGAUGACUCGGAAGCGCUUUCAAAUAAUUCUUUAAUUCAGAGGGAGGAAGCAGUUAAAGUGAAACAGGCUGAAUUGCUUGAAUCGAAAGAAAAACUUGCUCAAAAGAGAAAAAUAUUAAGAGAUUGGACAAAUCCGGAUAAGAUCAAUGACCUAAGACAAAUCAAGAUAAUGGAAGAGCAUUUGGUUGCUACUCUCGCUAGAGUCAAAAGCAAAAAGCACCGAGUGGAUACAAAGGCAUUGUCAUGA